UCGAGUUAAUGUUUAGCCUGUUUAGUACACUUCCUGGAUGCUUAGUUACCGCUGUGUCAUCGGAAUCCUUUACAUUGCAAGCUUCCACUAACAGGAUAUUUUUCACGAAUUUGCUUCUCAUUGGCUCAUCGACAACAACAGCAGAAUCAUCCAUCCGGCGUGCGGGCGUGGUUAUCAUUCUGCCGCGAGCCUGUUAUAACGCGCUAUACGUCUCCAGUUACACUUCGAACAGCUCCCAAGAGAGACGAUUUUCUUAUCUUAAAAAGAGUCAUCGUUAAACGUUUGGAGAUGAACGGAGACUGUGUGGACGCGCGGCGCCAGGACACAACAGAUCCUGGUAAGGAUGGGGCAUCAGGAGCACAGGCCAUGGAGGUUGAUGCUAAAGCCCAGUCACAUGCCUUCAGAUACAGUCUGAACUACCCCAGCAUUGGACACUGCAUCAUCAUCAAUAACAAGAACUUUGAUCACAGGACAGGCAUGAACCAACGGAACGGUACUGAUGUAGAUGCAGGAAAUGUAAUGAAUGUGUUUCGGAAGCUGGGAUACACUGUGAAAGUCUACAAUGAUCAGACAGUUGCACAGAUUAUGCAGGUUUUAACUGCAGUUGCCCAUGAUGACCACAGACGUUGUGCUUCGUUAGUGUGUGUAAUGCUCAGUCAUGGAGAUGAGGGAGUGUUUUACGGCACUGAUACUUCUGUGGAGCUCAAGACCUUAACCAGCCUUUUCAGAGGAGACCGCUGCCCAUCACUAGUGGGAAAACCGAAACUUUUCUUCAUACAGGCUUGUAGAGGUACAGAACUUGAUCCUGGUGUGGAGGCUGACAGCUCCGAUAGUUCUAUGAGGAUUCCUGUGGAGGCAGACUUCCUCUAUGCCUACUCUACGGCACCAGGUUACUACUCCUGGAGAAACACCAUGACUGGUUCUUGGUUCAUUCAGUCCCUUUGUGAAAUGAUGACUAAGUAUGGCAGAGAACUAGAGCUCAUGCAGAUCAUGACCAGGGUCAACCAUAAAGUGGCACUCGAAUUUGAGUCAACCUCCAACCAGCCUGUCUUUGACGCUAAGAAACAAAUCCCCUGCAUUGUCUCGAUGCUCACCAAAGAGAUGUACUUCACUGCUUGAAGGGACAAGGGAACUAUAAGCGAUUCUUGUAUUUCAGUUAUUCUGUAAACGCAGCUAUAGGAUAUAGAUUUAGGGAUGAGUUUAAGACUCUUUUUUUCACAGUAGCAUUUGCUGGUCAUGCUCACUUAGGAAUUUCUCUGUCUCAGGAGUGGUGUUAUGGUUCUUAUUGGGAUUUACAAUACUGUAUGUGAAAGCAGGUACUCAGGUUUUUAUUUACCUUGUGACUAAAUACCAUUUUGCCUCUGGGUUUCUAAUUAAAAUAUAAUAAUGAACGAUCACCAGUGGCAGGAGAGGUUGGGAUUUCUAAAAAUUACAUUAAUCAGGGACUUUUAUAGGCUAUUGCACUAGUCUGACUGUUGAAAUGGGAAUCAUAAUUUGGCAUUCAAUUGUUGAGAUUAUCUUAAUCGAAGCAAAGACAGUGUGCUAAUUUAACGUGAAAAAGCAAAGAACAACAAUCAGAACUAUUCCCAAGUGCCUGUCAGUGAACCAUGUGAACAGAUUUUGGUGCUACUUCUGAAAUGUCAUGUGUAGGUUUCCAUUAGGACACAAAGCAUUUUUUUUUUUUUUUUUUUACUGUAUUGGUGACAUCUAGUCCAUACCUAAAGAAAGAGAAAAAAAGGAAAAAAAAAUUGACAGCUAUGGAUUUACACUGAAGUCUAGGGGCUAAACAACUAAAAAAAAAAAACACAGUAGUAUUUAGUAUUAGACAUUAUAUUUAAUCUGGACUGUCUCUUCAAGAUGAUUAUGUAAAGCAUGAUAGCAUUAGUCACCUGAGAAAAGUCACAUAGAAUUCUUUCGGUUAAGGUCAUGCAUGCAUUGUGUGUUUAAGAUGUUCCUAAUGUACGCAUAAAAAAAAAAACAACAACAUUGUUCACGUUUAUUGUACAAUCACGUUUACUAUACAUAUAUGCUUUUUUGUGUAUAAGCCAGUGCUCUUGUACGUAUUUUAACAGCUCUGUAGUGUUCUGUAUGAUAAUACAUAUUUCACUGAGAUUCUGA